CACAAUUGAGAAGCUUGCUUUUAACUUGGUAGCAUUCUUGUCCAUAUUUGUGAAUCUGUGUGAGCAGCAGCAUGCAAAAAGAAAACCAAGAAGUGACUCUGAACAAUCGACGACACUGUCCAACUUAUGAGGGCUUUAACCGAAGAAGAAAACAAAAUUGUUUUUGAAAAAUUAACGAAAUUUAUUGGCAAAAAUUUGGUGAAUCUCGUCGGAAAUGAACAUGAUCCUCAUGUGUUUCGUAUCAACAAAGAAAGAGUUUACUAUGUAAGCGCUAGAGUCUGUAAAUACGCAGGUUGUGUUCCAAAAAAGCAAUUGAUUAGCUUAGGAACAUGCUUAGGAAAAUUUUCAAAAACUAAAAAGUUUAAUCUUAAAAUAACGUGUUUACGUUGGCUGUCGCUUUAUGCUAUAAACAAAAUAUGGUUAAAACCAGCAGGUGAACAAGUGUUUUUAUAUGGCAAUCAUGUGGUUAAGCGCCACCUAGCCAAAGUCACUGAAAAUACGUCAAAAAAUGUUGGAGUUAUAAUAUUGUCAAUGAACGAUAUACCACUAGGUUUCGGUGUUACUUCACGUUCAACGAAUGAAAUGCGAUUAGCAGACAAUGAGGCCGUCGUAGCUUUUCAUCAAGGUGAUAUAGGAGAAUAUUUACGUGACGAGUGUGAUUUACUAUAAACAUCAUAAAUACUGAAACUUGUUUAUUUUCAAUCGCUUGACUUUUAUAAUGCUGCAAAUAACGUUCUUUUUUUUUUCAUUCCAAACCAUACGGGUGAUUUUUAUAUAUUUAUAAACACAAAUACACUGAAACAUGUCCACUAACCAAAAAGAUGUUAUGGCUGUAAAGUGUCAGGUUUUUGCGAAAAGAAACGGAUUUCGGGACGCUUUUUGUAUUUAUAAAUUACUGUUAUAUAAGAUUACAAAAGAUCUUUCCAGAAAACCUUGUUAACUCAUUCUUUAAUAAAAUGAGGUUUUGAUCAGAUAAUUUACUGCGGGAUCAAAAAAAAAAUCAUCAUAAUGAAAUUAAAGGUUUCUCAGUUUUCACGCCUUCCUUCUUUUAGCUUUAUAUGAGAUGCAUAAUAUUCUUUACUCUCAACUUUAUUUUGCUCGGGAACUAUAGAUUUUCUGGACAAUAUAAUAGGAACUCGUCUAGCCGUCACACGACGAUUAUUUUUAUUUCGUUUCUCAUCCUUGGUAUGUUUUUCUCGGAAAAUACAUGGACUUUUAACAUGAGGAAGUUCUUCACGAUUAGCCUCUUUUGAAUACUGAUAAAAUAGUGGAUCAUGCAUUAAG